AUGCCUGCCUCCUGCCACCUGCCACCCUGCGCCGAACUAUGUACGGAGGUCAGGUCAAGGAGGCACCCAGUGGGAUGGCGGUCAUCCAUCCGUUGUGCGGAUGAACCGACGAAUGAACGGUCGGCCCCGUGCCUUGCCGAUGCUGACUGCCCCGCCAUUGAUCCCGAUAUACCAAUAGUUGGGAGUGAGGAAAGUACACCAUCUCGAGGUGAAUGUUUCUGGUCUGGCGUCCUCUUCGAAGAUGUCAGGCUCGAAUUGCUAGGCGCUUAUCUUAGCGGUCGCUGCCCCCGCGACACCGCUCCCACAUCACAGCCCCUCAUUCACAGCAACUUUGCCUGGUGGGCCAUCCCCUCCACCUGGCUCGAUCCUCGCACUAUGGCCAAUCCAACCACUGGCUCCCCUUUCUACCAUGCCAGCCAUGUAAGCCGACCGACCAGCGACCACUACCUCAUGUCGCGCAUCUCGUCGCCCCCCUUCAGCUCUUACCUUACUCUAGUACCCUAA